AUGGCCCUGGCGGACAGCGCCCGCGGGCUGCCCAACGGCGGCGGCGUCUCGCCGGCGGCAGGGAGCGGGGCGGCGGGGAGUGGGGCGGCGGCGGCGGCGGGCGGCUGGUCGUCCUUCCCGGAGAUCGUGGAGCUGAACGUGGGCGGGCAGGUGUACGUGACGCGGCGCUGCACCGUGGUCUCGGUGCGCGACUCGCUGCUCUGGCGCAUGUUCUCGCAGCAGCAGCCCAGCGAGCUGCCCCGGGACAGCAAGGGCCGCUUCUUCCUCGACCGCGACGGCUUCCUCUUCCGCUACAUCCUGGACUACCUGCGGGACCUGCAGCUGGUGCUGCCCGAGCACUUCCCCGAGCGCAGCCGCCUCCAGCGGGAGGCCGAGUACUUCCAGCUGCCCGACCUGGCUCGCCGCCUGGCGCAGGCUCGGGCCGCCGCCGCCCGCCCCGCCGCCCUGCACCGCGACGGCUCGCUCUGCGCCGAGGAGCCGCCGCCGCCGCUCCUCGGCUACCUGGAGGCCGAGCCGCUGGAAGGAGGCGGCGCGGGAGCCGCGGCGUCCGCCCCGUCGCCCACCGCCAGCCGCAGCCCCUCGGGCGGGCCGCUGCUCACGCCCUCGCAGUCGCUGGACGGGGCGGGCGGGCGACGCUCGGGCUACAUCACCAUCGGCUACCGGGGCUCCUACACCAUCGGGCGGGAGGCGCAGGCCGACGCCAAGUUCCGGCGGGUGGCCCGCAUCACCGUCUGCGGCAAGACGGCGCUGGCCAAGGAGGUCUUCGGGGAGACGCUGAACGAGAGCCGCGACCCCGACCGCCCUCCCGAGCGCUACACUGCCCGCUACUACCUCAAGUUCAACUUCCUCGAGCAAGCCUUCGACCGACUCUCUGAGGCCGGCUUCCGCAUGGCCGCAUGCUCCUCCACCGGCACCUGCGCCUUCGCCCCCGAGCAGGGCGGUCCUGCCGAUGACAAGAUCUGGACCAGCUACACCGAGUACGUCUUCUGCCGGGACUGAGCAUCCACCCGGCCCGUGGCGUGGGGAUAAGGCGGCGGUCCCUGCACGC